AUGGUGCAUUCGCUCUCGGGGAAGAUCUACACCUCCUACAUCCACCCUCUACCUCUCAUUUUAAGCCCCUUGUGCCUGAGCAUUUCUCUCCACGUGACUCUUAAGGUGAACGUAGGCUUAUCCGUCUUAGGCAUCAUUGUGAUGGCAAGCACCAAUUCCCUGAUGUGGACCUUCUUUAGCCGGGGCCUCAGUUUCUCCAUGUCUUCAGCCAUUGCAUCUGUCACAGUGACUUUUUCAAACAUCAUCAGCUCGGCCUUGCUGGGCUUUGUGCUGUACGGAGAGUGCCAGGAGGUGUUGUGGUGGGGAGGAGUGUUCCUCAUCCUCUGCGGACUCACCCUGAUCCACAGGAAGCUCCCGCCCACCUGGAAGACCCUUCCACACAAGCAGCAGUAGCACCAGUUGGCUGGAAAGACCAGGUGGAAAGAUAAUGAUGGCGGCCCAGCCUUGGGUUGGUGUGCGGGACUGCUUCCCAGGGGCACCCAGGUGUGCAGCCUUCUGACCAUCAGCCGAGAGGAGAUGCUAGACCAGCCAGGCCUUUGGGCCAGCCCUGCUCCCAAGGGAGGCAGGCCUCUGACGGAGCAGCUUUGAGGGUGGGCAGCUCUGGCUUCUGUAAGGGGAGUACAACCACAGCAGUGCUCUGCCCGAAGCAUUCCCAAUAAUCUGUACAGUGCUUUUGAUUCUCGUGCUCCCAGGCCUACCCCAGUGAGCUUGGCAGAUGCCGGAGAUCCUGGGCUUGGUCUGCUUUGAGUAUGGUACUUGAAACCAUACUGUAAUUUUAGUCCUACUGCCUGACAAAGGCCAGUCACUUAACUCCAGAUCAGUGACUGGCGGGGCUUUCUGACAACUCCAUGCUAAUGUACCGGGCCAUCUGUGUCACGCUUAUGUAUUAUGGCAAGAGAAGGAAAACUGGGUUAAUAAAUACUCUUUUAUAAGUUAAAA